AUGGUACUUGUACAAUCCUCAAAACUCUCUCUUCCUCCUUCUCUUCCACCUACAAAAUCCGUUCUUUUUGAACCAAACUCUCUUUCUUUAGCUUUAAUGCACACUGAUUCCUCUAUUUCUCUCUUUCCUUCUCUUCUCUUUCCUGCCCUUUCUUCUCUCCCUCCAAAACCCCAAACCCUAGUCCCCUCCUCUUCCUCUUCCUCGUCUUUCCUUCUCAUCCACCAUGACCCUAACCCUAACCCUAAAGUCCUUUUUCUUGCUGCUAGCCCAUAUAAGGGUGGGUCCCAGAUUCUCUUAAGGUUCUAUGUUUUACAAAAAGACAACAUUUUUUAUAAACCCCAAGUUGUUUGCCAUCAAAAGGGUCUUGUUUUUGAUUCAAAACUUGGUGUUUUAUUGGAUUUAAAUCAUGGGGUUUCUAUAAAGAUUGUUGGGUCUGUUAAUUUUUUUGUGUUGCAUUCAGUUUCUAGCAAGAAAGUUUGGGUCUUUGCAUUGAAACUUAUUGAUGACGGUGAUGGUGAGAUGGUGAAAUUAAUGAGAUGUGCUGUAAUUGAGUGUACUGUGCCCGUAUGGUCAAUUAGUGUUUCUUGUGGAGUUUUGAUUUUGGGGGAGAAUUAUGGGGUCAGGGUUUUUAAUUUGAGGCAGCUGGUGAAAGGGAAAGCUAAGAAAGUCAAGGGUUUUAAUUCAAAUGGGAAGUUGGAUGGUAAAGGAUUGAAAUUACCAAAUGGGGUUGUGGGGGAUGAUUAUUGUCGCGGUUCAAGUUCUGGGAAUGCUUGCAAUGGUGCAUUGGAUGGGAAGGCUGAUAAGCAUUGUGUUUCUGUAAAGCAGAGAUCUGUAAGAUGCAGUCAAGACUCUGGUGAAGAGGGUGCUUGUUUUGUGGCUUUUAAGAGGGAGGAGGUUGAGGGCUUGAAACCUACAACUUUGAAGGCAGUUUCUAUCCAGGCAUUGUCUCCCAAAAAAAUUGUGAUUUUGGACUCUAUGGGAGAUUUGCAUAUCUUGUGCCUGUCUGCACCUGUUGUUGGAUCAAAUGUCAUGGCUCACAUGAGGCGGUUGCCUCAUAGCAUGAAAGUGCAAAAGCUGGCUGUUCUUCCAGAUAUUUCCUCGAAAAUGCAAACUUUUUGGGUAUCAGAUGGUCUCCAUUCUGUGCACACGAUAACUCUAUCCGACAUGGAUGCUGCUGUUAAUACAAAUGAUGGAGAUGAGACCCAGGAAAAGUUCAUUCAGAUCACAGUUAUUCAAGCAAUUCUUUCUGCACAAAAGAUACUAGAUCUUAUACCUUUGGGUGCAAAUGGUAUUUUGAUUCUUGGACAAGUAACCGAAUGGAAUUUAAUGUUUUUCUUUUUCUUGAGCAGGAAAUAUAUAUUCAUAUGCAAUUCCCUGAAGUUGCUUGGCACUUGGAACUUAUCUAUCUUUUGGUGGAAAUUUAUGCUCCAGAUCAUGAUAGAUAUUUUUCACGCUUAUAGUGGUUUCCUGAUCAAUGUUCUUAAACAUCAUGAGCUGUGGUUGUUUCUUGUGUAUAGUGGUGCACAAGAACACAAAGACACUGAGCUUGUGAAGAUUUGGGAUAAAAGAUAUUACAUAUCUCCUUUGAAAUUAAAUGAAGCAGAAGAUGGACCAAAAUCUACUGGCAACCACAACAACCCAUCCCUGCCAAUUGAAACCUACGUUGUAUGCACAUGCACAUAA